ACACAGGCUCCGCCCCACGCUGCCCACUCCCGGUACUUCUGCGGCUCGCCUGCGCCCCGGAAGCUGCCCCUGCUCGGGGGUCACGAUGGGCAGCAAGAUGGCUUCCGCCACCAGGGUCGUGCAGGUCGUGAAGCCACAUACUCCAUUAAUAAAGUUCCCUAACAGAAGAGACAAACCUAAGCUCAGUGCCUCGGAAGCGUUGGGAUCUGCCGCACUGCCCUCCCACUCCUCUGUCAUUUCACAGCAUCCUAAAGGAAGUACGUCCCCAGAUUUACUGAUGCAUCAGGGGCCACCAGACACGGCAGAAAUAAUAAAGUCAUUACCUCAGAAAUACAGAAGGAAACCUGUGUCUCAAGAGGAAAUGGAAUUUAUCCAGCGUGGGGGUCCAGAGUGAUCGUCGUGGCUGCUGCUUGUCCCCAGACAGAAGGAUUAGCUUUACAAUAAAGGACUUCCACAAUCUCAAAUGAAAAGUCACAUAUUAAACAACCUUAAUAAAUAUGCUGUAAGCAGAAUGAAGGCUAGGAACUCCAGGUGGACACUGUAUCUCCUACCUUAUGUAUCUUGUCAGCUUCCCCAAAAGCUGACCUGUACACUUAUUAAAGUCUACGUUUUUAAGUGCUA